CAUUACAGACUCGGAUUGUUUCCCAAUUUCCACCGAAUAUGUCGCAAAUCCCCACAGAGAUCAUCGAGCACAUAAUCGAUGAGCUCAGCGAUGACCGGGAAGCACUUGUCGCUUCUCUAUCUGUCUCCAGAGCAUUCCACACUCGAGCCCGGUUCUAUCUCUUCCAAACCGUCCGCAUCGAGACAGAAUCAGAAUUUCAUCAGUUUAUUUCCCUCUGCGACAUCUCGCCAGUGAUUCCAACUCUGGUACAGUCGCUUAAGAUGCUUGCUCUUGUCUCAGUUUCACAGCUUCCCUCCCUCCCUAACAUCACCUCACUGCACGUCAGGGGGCUUCUCGAUGAUGUAUGGAAGACCAACUUUCUCUCGAUUACUUCCCUUACGCUAGAGGACAUCUUGUUCCCCAGCACACGAAGCUUCCGCAUGUGGAUAUGCGCAUAUCCACACCUCACAUCCUUAUCCCUGAUCUCUGUUAUAGUCCAUCGUCCCGUGGUGUUCGGCGCCUAUGCACUCGCACAAGGUCCUCCUUUGGAGUUUCUCUCGAUCGCAAGUGUCAGCUACAGUGUGUACUGGGCGUUUAUAGGAAUCAUGCCAAUCACGGAAGUUGGGAGUUUUGCUCUUCAUGGUUUACACAAAAUCCAGUACAAGGCUUUCACUCCAGAUGAUGUCAGGGGUCUACGUAAAAUCCUUGCCGUCACCUGUGGUACGCUUCGAGGGCUCGACAUAUAUAUGAAUCUGUCUGAGCCUAUGGAAGCUUCGUUCAGGCCGGAUUUCUCACAGGUGCCAACCGUUGAAUAUCACCCGUCCUGCAUCUCUAAGUCCUCUCUCAUGAGCAGCCUGUUCACCCUUUCCCUUUGCGUCCUCCCGGGUAGUAGCCGUUCUACAUCUAUGGAGCGGCUCUUUGUUCACCUGGACCUUACUCUUAUAUCAGAUUUCCUAGAGAAUGCAGAUCUUCAUGACUGUCUGAAGUUGUUGGACUCAAAACUCGCCGAUUCUCGAUAUUGUAAUCUCAAGGUGGUCCAAUUCAAUGUGACCGUGCACCAGGCCAUUCGGGAUGUUAUCUUGACGGCCAUGCCCAAACUUCAUGCCGCUGGGCAAAUGGUAGUGGAGGAAGAGAUUAUCUAGGCAGAAAGAAGAUCAACCCUACUCAUUCCCGACAUAUCCUCCCACCGUUGAUGAACAUCGAGGCUGUUGCCCGAUUCGCGUCCUUCAUUCUUCAUCGCAUUAUCUGUCCUGCCCUAUGGUUCACUUCAUGUUUCGAUCAUAGGUCGCUUUUAGCUGCUUUGUAUAUGUUUUCUGUGAAUUGGUGUAUAAGUUGCACGCUGUACGUAUCUAUGAACCAUCCGAAAACACAGGUCUAUGUUCUUCAGUGCUAGGUAUUCCGUU